AUGCCUCUUACCGUCCUCUCUCGAGCCCAGCUCCGUGAAUUGCUACAUGCGCUCUCUCGCGACGAGAUCAUCAAUCUGCAACGCAAUCUCGCCGAAGCUCUACGAGAAUACUCCAGUGGAUCUCAGGAGAAAGGUUGCUCAGCAACUUACCAGCCCCAGCGAACUGCCAUAACUCGUCAAAAUGGCACCACCACCAUCUUCAUGCCUGCCAGCACGGGCCAGACCAUCGGCAUCAAGAUGAUUUCCCUGCAGGACGGGGCCGAUGCCGGCUGUGCUAUUGAACGAGACACCGUGGAUAUGCAGGAGAAAGAACAAAUUUCCUCACGCAGACGAGGCUCUUUCCGGAACUCGGUGGCUUCCAUCUCCUCCGACUUGAGUGAUUUGUCCGUGGGCUCAGAAGACAGAGAGGACAGUAACUCGAUCAGUCCCGUGACCACCACAAAUGAUAGCAGUGUAGCAGGAUCAAGCACGGAUAGUUCCACACUCCUCACUGGUUGUGUCAAUCAACAAAAUGUCACCUCGAACCUUUCUGGAACUCUUGGCGCUUGGCCGGGCGCAGGAACUCGUGACACAUCGCCGCGCGGCAGUGUGACACUCCUAGAUGGCGAAAGUUUGCCCUUCGCCUUGAUCAACGCACAUGAGUUGACGGCAUUCCGCACAGCAUUGGCUUCGCUGAUGAUGUUCAACAGGCGCAAGAAGGUGCGCACCAUCCUCGUAUUCGGAGCAGGUACCCAGGCUUACUGGCAUAUCCGCUUGGCGCUGAUUCUCCGUGGCGAGGAUAUCCGCCGGGUGUACAUCGUGAAUCGUUCAUUCGAGCGCGCUGCCAAGCUUUUGCAGGAAAUUUACCAGCCCGAAAACAUCGAAUGGCGCGGGGACGUCAAGUUCUCCGCCGUCAGCACCGAUUUCGGCGAGUACAGUCGCAUUUUGAAAGAACAUGUGCGCAAGGCCGACGCGAUCUUCUGUUGUACUCCCUCUGUAGAACCUCUCUUCCCUGCAGAGUACCUCACUUCAGGCGAAGGCCUGGCCGAGAUUCACCCGGAUAUCCUCCGAGAUGAGGUCCAUGUGCAGCCUGCGCAUCGUCAUUGGAACAAGCAUAUCCACCGUAGUGGUGUGAUUGUAGUGGAUAGUCUAGACGCAGCCAUGAAAGAGGCCGGCGAGAUUAUUCAAGCCGGAAUCAAGCCGAAACAGGUUGUGGAGUUAGGCGAGCUACUCAUGGUCCGUGAUGUCACCCGUGAUGCCGCCACUGUGGAUGAAGAAAAGAGCCUGCGUGAAUGGUCACAACGGGGGAAUGUCAUCUACAAAUCGGUUGGGCUUGGACUAAUGGAUCUCGUGACUGGCGGAGAUUUGGUGCGCUUGGCACGGGAGCGGAAGUUGGGGACCACAGUGGAGGACUUCUGA